AGCUGCGGUGCGCGGGGAUGGAUUUAAGCAGAUGAUAGCUGACUGCGUGAGAGAUGCUGCAGGAGAAGGCUUCAGCUGUGACGGAUGAAUGUAUGAGCCGGGUCCAGACCGGCGUGGAGACAGAUCUCCUUCCAGACCAGUCACGGAUGGGCCUAUCUGCAGCUUCCGCCAUUCCCAGCUCCAGUGAGCCUGACCAGAACAUCGAGAACAUCAAGGUCGUCCUUCAUGAGAGGGAGCUGUGGAAGAAGUUCCACGAGGCCGGCACAGAGAUGAUCAUUACUAAAGCAGGCAGGAGGAUGUUUCCCAGCUACAAGGUCAAAGUGACCGGGAUGAACCCCAAAACCAAGUACAUCCUGCUGAUCGACAUCGUCCCAGCUGAUGACCACCGCUACAAGUUCUGUGAUAACAAGUGGAUGGUGGCGGGGAAGGCCGAGCCAGCCAUGCCAGGCAGACUCUAUGUGCACCCAGACUCUCCCGCCACAGGAGCUCACUGGAUGAGGCAACUCAUAUCGUUUCAGAAACUCAAGCUAACAAACAAUCACCUGGACCCUUUUGGGCAUAUCAUCCUGAACUCUAUGCACAAGUACCAGCCCAGACUACACAUAGUGAAAGCCGACGAGAACAAUGCCUUUGGAUCCAAGAACACCGCCUACUGCACUCACGUAUUUCAUGAGACGGCCUUCAUCUCCGUCACCUCUUAUCAAAACCACAAGAUCACUCAGCUGAAAAUAGAAAACAACCCAUUUGCCAAAGGAUUCCGAGGCAGUGAAGAAGGAGAUCUGCGUGUUUCAAGACUACAGGGGAAAGAAUAUCCAGUGAUUUCAAAGAACAUGGUCCGCCAGAGGCUCCUCUCCUCUCACAACCACCUCGCAGGGAAGCUUGGGGCAGGAGUUCUAACAGGGCACCCUCAAGUCCUGUCCUCCUAUCAGUACGAGACCGGGGUUCCUUUGUCCAACUCAGACCCCCAAGAUCCCAUCUCAAACCACUUCCCUCAGAGCAGAGACCCCAGCCUUCUGUACCACUGCUUCAAACACAGAGAUAACGCCCGACACUUGGAGCUGGGAUGUAAGCGGCCAUACCUGGAGACCUCAUCUGCAGGCUCAGAGGAGCAUUACUUCCGCUCAGCUCCUUCUUAUGAGUCGUCCCUACUGUCUCACCCAUACUGCACAGAGGCCAUCACCUCCAGAGAGGCCUGUAUGUAUGGUAGCAUGGAGACAGAGUCUGGAUCCGGGGCAGGGGACGCAGACGACCUGGCCAACUCCCCAUCCAUAAAUUGUAAUAUGUGGGCUACGAUGCAGCCGUACCCUCGCUACAGCGUGGAGGGCGUCCCAUACCAGCCCUUCACCGCUCAUUUCACCAACGCUGCCGCGGUCACACCUGUGGUCCCACACCCCACGUCCUCCAUGGUCUCGAGGUCACAGGCCGACUUGGGUGUCUACAACUCUGCGUCAGUCCAGCGCGGCCUUCCCGUCAUAGCUCCAUCCUCCUCCUCUUCAUCGUGUUCUCCAGCUGGAUCCAGAGAUAGGUCAGGCCAUCCAUCUCUGUACCACAAGAAGCCCGGGUCGCCGCUCCGGCCUCACAGAGAUUUCUCAGCCUAUCCCACACAAGGUGCUAUAUCCAUCCGGGAUCCGUCCUAUCAGUACCAAGUGGGGCUGAGCAGCGCUGGGACUCACUGGACUGACAGCUAA